AUGGCCGCCCAUGCUUGGCUCGACUCGUUAUCGGAGGAUUGGCCCUCACAGGCUGGUUCCGAGACCUCGCCAUCUGCCCAGCUCCCGCCUCUGAAGCCGGCCGAGAACAACAAAACACCAAACGCGAAAGGAUCUGGCAGUCGUAUCCCGCUCCCCGUAAGUAGGACGCGGCCUUCGAGUGCAGGAAUGAGCGACAAGAGCACCGGCGUCCUGAGCGAACGGAGUUCCAAUCAUGUUAACCUCCCUCUCUCCCAACGAGGCCCUUCGAAACUUUCCCGCGAGAUCAAACCCAACGAACAAUCGCGCCAAGCCAGCCGCGCCCUCUCGGCAUCUACCAACGGCUCUGUCAUCCAUAACACAGUACAGCACAAGUCGGCCAAGUCAUCGCCUCUGAGGGGUCCCGCUGACACCCCAGAAUGGAAGCGCAGACUGGUCUACGGAGACGUCGCAUACGGCGAGCAAAGGGACCUCUUCUGCUCUGCGGCUGCCGGCCUAGAAAACAUGUUCAAGCCGCCUUCUCCUUACCAAGACAGCACCUUCGCCGACCAGAGCGUACGACACAAUACCACUUUACCGUCAAGCCCCCCGUUCUUCCGGCGCCAGGAUAUGGAAGGAGACGAAGACGAAGAUGAGUCGGAUGGCAGAAGCCAGAUGGAUCCAAGCCCGAGCCCGAGCCCUAGGAUACGCCCGCCUCACUUCGAGUACAAACCAUCGACCGACAACUCCAUCGACCAAAGCAAGUUAAGCGAGCCCAGCCCAUACCGUGACAGCUACCCUCGAGAACCGAGCCUUGCGACCUCUGUGUCCGGUCUGGCACCCCCGAACGACGCAACGCGAAAGGCCAGUGGACAGAGUGUCAUCCGAAACGAGGAUUUCAGUCCCAUCGUCCUUACCCUUAUGCGCCAGAAAGAGAAUGAAAGACAAGGCGAGUCGGCACCCGCCGAGCUCCCCGUCGACCAACUCCAAGAUCGGCUCGAAAAACUGCGAAUCGAUCAGAUGCUCUUUGACUCCCAGGGUGAGCUUAGAUUUGAUGCGGAUGGCACCCUGGAUGACGCCGAAAGCGACAAGAUAGAAACAACCGAGGACUACGCAAGACGCGGAGGCUUUCUCAAUAUACGCCGUGGGGGUAGAUCUGGCGAUGGUUCCUUCAGAUACCGGGGUUUGAGCCCCGGCAUGGGUGUCGACACAUCUGAGAUGCUCCCCGAAGAGUCCCUCCAGGCAAGCACGCCCAAGCAGUUUCCAAGCGUCAGAACCUACUCGCCAGGCUACACGUCGUCGGUGCGGCAUGAGACUGAAAGCCCCCCGCCUCCCCGCGCACCAAACCCGAGCCCGGUGAAAUCCGGGACGGCUGGGACUAGCAGUACCAGCCCCUUGAAGCUCUUCGGGCCCUACGACACCUUCACGAAUCAAACGCUAUUGCGACGCAUCAGCCAGUUUGAGGAGCAAAUGUCAGGGUCCUCGCGCCAAUCCCUCAGCCGCGAAUCCUCGCACCAGACAGGACGAAGACGACCCCAUACUGCUCCUGGUGAUUACCUGUCUGUUCCAGCACAACAAACAGCUGCAAGCUCCCGCUCCGUCAGUCAGUUUGGCGCUGGGGAUCUUGAAGGCUACCAGUUCAACCAAGACAUCUCCAUCCGACUCGAAGAGGACUCCCAAUUUCAAGAAGCCGAGGAAGAGUUGCAACACCUACCGGAUGAAGACAAGGAAUCUGUCCUACGGUUUGAGGCUGUUCGUGGUUCACCAACUCCGGAUGAAGCGUCAAUGUUUGUUCCCCGGAAGCGAGCAAAGUCGGGUACCACAACUGCUUCAUCUUCGAAGCACACUCCUUCCGGCAGUGAAGGAAGUGUACAGAAAAUCCCGUUCGCCGGAUCUGCUGCCUUUAUGCUUGGCACACCCCAGAGACGUGAUACAGGCUCGGAAGGGAAGCGGCCUCGCACCUCCCCAUCCAAGGAUCCGACACCGAAGCGCAGGAGAACGCUCCACAAGUCCGACAUUGCAUACGGGCGGGAAGAGCGCUAUGCUCUGUUGGAUACCGUUCAAGAAACCCAUGCUUUGAUGCAGAGUAUGAUGGGCAAGAAGCGCAAAGAUGCCCGUCCCGGAAGCUUGCAGCAAAGAGCUCACCCUACCGUCCUCGCAACCCGUCACAUGCUUCGGCCACGGACGCCAACUCCAAGCUCGAGGUCUUCAUUACAGCCUGGCGAAUUUCAGUUCGAGGACGACUGGCUGGAUGAUCAGCUGGAUGAGCAACCGCAGCGUCGGUCUCCUCACCGCGGCUCUCAGUUUACGUCGAGUGCCAAUGAGCGUAGUGCGACCAUCGACACGGACCGCAAGCCAUCCAUCAGAACACAGGACUUCCUCGAUGAGGCUGGCAAGAUCAUGGCCAUGAUUCGGAACGGGGCGAAGGCUCCGAGUGGCCUGACGAGUGUGGAGGAAUCUGAUGCGGAAUACGGCGAGCCAAGCCAAGCAGUAGACGAAGACUCGUUCGAUUCGACGAGGGAACCGCUUUCUCGCCCCCCGAGCCGGGAAGGGAAGCCGGUGCAAAGGGCACCACAAAGACAGGAGAACCCAGAGAUUCUUGACUACCUGAAAAAGUACCAAGAACUCAGCGACAUGGGGGACGUCAUUACAUCUUCGCUCAGGUCGAUGGACGAGGCGCAGGAUGCUAUCCGAGUCGCGCAGGAGGUUGAGCGGCAACUUGAAGAAAGAAGCCGCAGCAGAAACAACAACCACAACAGCGAUGGCCUCCAGUAUCUCGGAGGAGACGAGACCAUCAGUGACCCUCCCAACAUCCGCAUCAGCGCGAACCCAAGAAAGCAACGGGACGACUCAGAUGGCUUCUACGACUUCGGGACACAUUCGUCUGGUGCGUCUACCAAUCACACCAUGCACACGGGCUCAUCCCGGGGUUCCGAGUCGCGGAAAACCAUUGCGCCACAAAGCGUCUCACACCUGAUACCAGAUCAGGUCGGCAGCAUGUAUCUUGAUCGCCAACAGAAUAUCUGGAUUAAGCGCAAAGGCGGAAGCAUUCGGCCUAGAAGCCCACAUGUUGUCCCGUCCGAGGAUAGCGAAGAUGAUCCGUUUGCGAGUAUUCCUGAUCUGUCCGUCGACAUCACGAAAGAGAUGCAGCAUUUGCGAUUGGUGACGGCACAAAAAGAGGCCGAGGAGCGAGAAGCAAACAGGACACAAUCGCCCAUGGCGUCUCCGGAUACACCUAGGAACGCAUCUGGAAGAGGCUUUGUGACGUUGUCGCCCGACGCAGCGCUACCCCAAGAUAUCGGAUUGCAGGCAAGGACCGAGUUUAGAAAGCUUGGGACCAAAGCAGCGAGUGAUGGAGACGUGGAGCACGAGAUCCAGCUUGACGAGGAUCGCAUCGUUGACUCAUCCCCUUCCCGGAGGCGAAUGACAAUAUCAUUCUCUUCGCCGAUCGCCUCCAUCAUCCAAGACCUCGCUGCUGAAGACAUCGACAGUCUCGAAGACGACGAGGGCAGCUUCGUGGACCCCGAAUUCGUCAUGGAGGAUUCGAACCGGAGCAAGUAUCAGAGCUUGACGAAAGCCGCGCGACGCAACCUGCUUCAACCGCGCCCACGUACCGCCCCUGCUCGUGGCCCGUCGAGGCAAUUCUCGUUGCGUGGUCAAUCAUUUGUCCCUCGCCCCGUUUCUCGAAUUGACGAACGUGACGAGGACAGUGUGAUUGAAGCCAAUGCCGAUGAACGACAGAUCAGUAUCCUGGCUGACAAUAGUGCACUCAGCCAGGUCUCUCGGGAGAAGCAAGACACGAGCUUGAGCUUUAUCAUCAAGACUCCAGGCAAGACUAGGAUGGGAGGGCUCUACGCAGAUGCGAGCGCAAUCAUUAGCCACAACGUCGGCAACCUGUCACUCAGCCCCAUGUCCGACUUCACCAUGAAUCAUCACGAGAAGUCGUUUGGCUUUGAAGUAAGCUACAUAGUCGAAGACCAGCGACUUGUCACGGGCGAUGGUUCUAAGAGGGUUUUGUCCAUGGCAGUCCGGGACCUCGUCGAUCGUCUGACGGAGAUUGAGCCCUUUGAGCCGUACUGGGAGGAUUUCACGGAACUCGACAUCAGCGAAAGGCGACUAUCUAGCCUGCACAUGUUGGACGAGUUUUGUGGGCGGUUGGUGAGCCUUGAUGCGUCGAACAACACACUCUACCACCUGGAUGGAGUGCCGGCCACUGUCAGACAACUCAAGAUGACGCACAACAUGUUGACGGAACUGACGUCGUGGGAUCAUCUCGCCAACCUGCAAUACGUCGAUAUUUCCAACAAUGAUCUUUCUAGCCUGUCAGCCCUGAAGAACCUCGUUCAUCUCCGCAGCUUGCGGGCCGACAACAACAAGCUUACCUCACUGGACGGCUUGGACCAGCACGACGGGCUCUUGACGCUCCGGGCGCGGAACAACCUCAUUGAGGUGGCCGAUUUCGAAGGCACCAAGCUGCACCGGUUGACCGAGCUCGAUUUGGCGGGGAACAAGGUGGCUGAGAUUCGCAACGCUGGACAGCUUUCGUCCUUGCAAACACUCAAGCUUGCCAAGAACCGCCUGGAAAGCUUCACGGCCGAGGACGCGCAAGGCAUGAACGGCCUGCGGUAUCUCGAUCUUAGCGACAACGACGUCCUAGAGCUCGACAUCAGUCGCUUGCCGGCCAUUCGUCUGCUCCACGCGGACAGGAACCGCAUCAGCAAGAUCACCGGUUUCACCAAGGCCCGCCACCUAGACAGCCUUUCUCUCCGAGAGCAGCGCGGUGACAUUCAAUUGGAUCUUUCCUUCCUCUCGUCGGCUUACGAGGUCCGGAAGCUGUUCCUCUCUGGCAACUACAUUGGCACUUUCGAGCCCAAGGUAGACUUCCUUAACCUCCAGUUGCUCGAACUGGCCAACUGUGGACUGCGGUGCUUGCCGGAAGGAGUUGGCCAGCUGAUGCCAAAUCUGCGAUCCUUGAACCUGAAUUUCAACGCCAUCGCGGACCUUUCACCCAUUCGAUUCGUUCCCCGGCUCAAGAAGCUUCUUGUAGCCGGGAACCGCCUGUCAGACUCGACGACAGUGACGGAACUUUUAACAGACUUCCCGCACCUGACGCAAUUGGAUAUGCGGGACAAUCCGAUUACUCAGGGCUUCUACCCGCCAGUGCACGUUACAAUAUCGGCGGACCGCGGCCAUGUCGCCGACCCGUUCACUCUUCCAGAAGCCAACCCGGAGAGGGAUGCUGUGUUUGCCAGACGGCUUGAUGAGACGACUCGCCUUCGGCGCCGGCUAUACCAGGUUGUUUUCGUGGGAUGCUGCAAAAAGCUGAAGCUUCUGGACGGACUCCCCGUCAAGCGCCAACACAUGCUUGCCCGCGAUCCAUCGUUUCAGGCAUUGGUCAAGGAGGGACUGUUGCCCAGCGACGUUGCUCAAGUUCCAACACCCGCUUCAGCAGCGGCGGCGGCUGGGCCAGUAGAACCCCAAACAGCGGAACGGGCUCCAGAGCUGGCAGACUUCCCAACGCCAACAAAGACUCCUGCGUCGGCUCCGGCCCAGUCACCGGCACCGGCUUUUGUAUCGGACGAGGCGGACGAGAGCAGCAGCCGAUGGAACGCAGAAGACAGCUUCGCUUGA